GUAAGUAGUGAGACCGUAUAUAUCUUGUCUCUGUUUGAAUGUUCUGAUUUCAGUAAAUUAUAUUGCCGCUUUUCAACCAAAUUUAGAUCGCGGAUUUACUCCUUCCUUCUGAUGUUUGUGCACUCGGAUAAGAUAGUGGGAAUUAACAUUUUCUUUUUGAUUUGCUAUUAUUUACAAUGCCAGAGGUUGAAUGAAGUAAAAUAGUUUUAUCUGAUCAUUGGAUAAUAAAUGCCCAAAAUGACAUAUUUUCUAAUUCUUGUUACACUCGUUUAAUUGAAUUCAAUUUGUUCCUGUUGAACAUGACCCAAAUUAUAAUAUGUAAUGUAGAACUUUGUAUUAUAUCAUUGCUUUUACAUACCUUCCUAUUCUUGUAAAAGUAUUAUAAAAAGGGGGAGAUGAACUUGUCAUUUACUCCAAAUUUGGUGCUGUUUUGGUAUACUAUACUACACUAUCUAUUACCUUUCAAUAUGGAUGAUCUUUAUACAAUUAUAUAAAUGAAAAUUUGUAUUAAAGCAGUCUGUUAGAUUAAUUAAUGUUUCCUAUCAACUUGAUUCAACAACAUGAGUGACUACGAAUAUCGUAGUUCUCGUGCUGCUUCAAAAAAUAGAAAAGGUGGACGAAUAAAUUAUGCUGAACCAGAGAGUGAUGUUGAAUCAGAAGAUGAUUCAUCUUUUUUCACAGAUAGCAACGAGCCAGAUGUACUAACUCCAAUCAAAGGAGAUACGCCCAAGAAUCGUAGUCCACUGUCUUCUCUGAAAAAAACACAAAGAAGAAAAAGGGAAAUUUUCAAAAAUAAUGUGAAACCCGAAAUGAACAUAACAAAUCCUAAUAUUAUUUCUAGUAGUAGUGGGAGUGAAUCUGACAUAGAUGAGGAAUCCGACUCAAAACUUGAUUCAAAAGAUGACAAGAAAACACACAAUGGUAGUCGUAAGCGUAGUGCUUCGUCCAUUUCAAAAAAGAGUAAGAAAAUCAAAGAUGAUUUGAUAGAAACUGACUCCAAUACAGAUGAUACAAACUCAGAUGAAGAACCGGUUGUGGAAGCAAAAGUAAGAAAAUGUCGUGACAAAAAGAAGAAAACCAAAAAAGAGAGAAAUUUAGGAAGAAGGAAAAUCAAAAAAAUUUUGUUGGAUAAAGAUCUUCAGAAACAAACAAGGAACGCUGCAAAAGAGGAACGUGAAAGAUUAAAAAGACUCGAAGAACUUGAAAAGGCUGAAAGUGAAGAGGAACCAGAUGAAAUUGAACAAACGCCUGAGAAAAAGAUACUUACUUCUACAGUAAUGUUGCAAAAACAUCCACAUGUUGCAGUUAGUGAGUAUAUUGCCCAACAUUUACGCCCACAUCAAGUAGAAGGCGUAAAGUUUAUAUGGAACAAUCUUGUUGAAAGCACGGAAAGAGUGAAAAAUGGCUCUGGUAGUGGGUGCAUUCUUGCCCAUUGCAUGGGGCUUGGAAAAACACUGCAAACUAUCUCAGUAAUACAUACACUUUUAAAAACUAAGUAUGUUCCAUUCGAGUGUGCUAUGGUAGUCGCUCCUCUCAACACUGUGCGGAAUUGGAUUGCAGAAUUUGUGCAAUGGUGUGAAGAUGGUGAUGAAUUAAAUCUUUUUAAUUUUGCUGAACCAAAGACAAAUAAAGAAAGAGUUUCUAUGUUACGGUUAUGGCGAAAAAACGGUGGUGUUUUGAUUUUAGGUUACGACAUGUAUCGAAUUAUGACUACAAAAAUCAGGUAUUCAGGGUGGAAAAAGACUGUGCAUGAGUGCUUGGUCGAUCCUGGUCCUGAUGUUGUAGUUUGUGAUGAGGGUCACAUGCUCAAAAAUGCAACCUCACAUAUCUCAAAGCAAAUAAGUAAAAUGAGAACGAAAAGAAGGCUGGUCCUUACUGGUACUCCAUUGCAAAACAAUCUUAUAGAAUAUCAUUGCAUGGUUGAUUUUGUUAAACCCGAUCUUCUCGGUUCCCUGAAAGAAUUUAGGAAUCGUUUCGUCAACCCAAUUAUAAAUGGUCAGCAUAUUGAUUCAACUGAUCGUGAUGUUAAAAUUAUGAAAAAGCGAUCGCAUGUCUUACACCAAAUGCUCCAAGGUUUUGUUCAACGCAAAGACUAUUCAUGUCUGAAGCCAUAUUUGUCUUCUAAAUUCGAAUACGUACUUAAAGUUCGCCUCACGCCUUUACAGAUAAAACUCUAUCAACAUUAUUUAGACACAAUGACUAAUAGAGGAUCAAACACAACAAUAGUUAAUUCUUAUGGUAAAGGAGCCUCACUGUUUGCUGAUUAUCAAAAUUUAAUGCGAGUAUGGACACAUCCAAAAUCUUUGUUAUUACACACAGUUCAGAGAGACAAGAUGUUGGCCCGCCAAGCUGAAUGGGAUUUUAUUGCAGAAGAACUGGAAGCAAGCGAAACAGAUGAUUGGUCGAAUUCAUCUGAAGAAGAUGACAAAAAUGCCAAUGAAAAUAAUGAAAACGAUUCAAUCAACAAAACUGUAAAAAGCGAAAAAAAUAUUGACAGUGACACAAAAAAAGAUAAAUUCAACAAUGUUAUUAAUUUAAAUGACGUUGAUAAAGAUAAUUCAGGUGAUAGUUCUGGUUCAGAAGAGGUCAUAUCAACGAGAAGAACACGGUCAAAAAGAAGAAAGGCAGUUAUAAAAGAUAAUGAUGAAUGGGACAGCGAUGAAGCUUCUACAGAAAAAGAUGAAGACGCAGAAUCUGGCAACAGUUCUGAUGAUGAAGAAAGUGAAAGCGACAGUGAGAGUGACGCAGAAAAAAUUCCUGAUAGACGUACAAGAUCUACCACAAGUAGAAAACAACGAUACCGUUUGCGUUGUGUUGAAAGUGAUGCUGAAAUUGAGUUUCUCGAAUUGGAGUCAACGUCUGAAAAGAAGGAGCCUGAAUGGUAUGCUAAGAUUCUCCCUGAGGAUCAAAAUACCUUGGAAAAUUAUCAAAACAGUUCGAAAAUUGCAAUUCUGUUUGAAAUAUUAAGACUAUCAGAGGAACGUAAAGAAAAGGUUCUUAUUUUCAGUCAAAGUUUGAUAUCUCUUGAUUUGAUUGAAGAAAUGUUGAAAGCAACUGUGUCUUCUGAUGAUUCUGAAAAUGAGAUGUCAGAUGCAGCUGCUGAAAAUACAUUGAAUUCUGAGGAAAUCCCUAAGGCAAACCUGAUUGGAACAGAAUCAGAGGAAGAACCAGAUAUCGGAAAUUUGAACAAACUACCAAAAAGAACAUGGUUUAAAAAUCUUGAUUACUUUCGUAUGGAUGGCGCAACACAAAGCCACCAUCGUCAAAAGUGGAUAAAUGCAUUCAAUAAUGAAAGUGACACACGGGCUAGAUUAUUUUUGAUUUCCACACGUGCAGGUAGUCUUGGAGUGAACCUUGUUGGUGCAAACAGGGUUAUCAUAUUUGAUGCCUCAUGGAAUCCUUCUCAUGAUACUCAAUCCAUGUUCAGAGUUUAUAGGUUUGGACAGACAAGGAAAUGCUAUAUCUAUAGACUUAUCGCUGAAGGCACAAUGGAAGAAAAAAUCUACCAAAGACAGGUGAACAAGCAAUCUCUUGCUUUUCGAGUUGUUGAUGAGCAGCAGAUUAACAGACAUUUUACUGCUAAUUCUCUUGCCGAAAUGUAUACUUUUAAUCCCACAACUCCUGAUAUUGGGAAAGAUGAACCGACACCAAUUGUUCCGAAAGAUGAAGUACUCGCUGAUAUACUCUCUGAUCCACGAACAAAAUACAUGGUCGCGUCUUAUCAUGAACACGACUCCCUCCUUGAUCAUCAAGUGGAUGAGGAGUUGACAGAAGAGGAAAGAAAAGCUGCAUGGGAAGAGUAUGAGAUGAUAAAGAAAGGCCACGCUCCUACUAUCUCACUUCAAGAUUGGAGGCAGCAAAGUAAUUUAUCCAAUACUCAAAGGCCAUCUUCUUUUUCACUAAAACCAAUGGACAGUGAAUCAUCUGUCGUUUUAUUAUCUAGGUUGAGUAAAAUGGUUGCCAAUGCUUUUUACCAAUACCAAGUAUGUGAAGUUAAGUCUGUCCCAAGCAUAAUGAAACAUCUUAAAGAGACUCCCCUUUAUAGUAAUUCUAAUGAAGAGACUAUUAAAGCAAUUGCAGUUGAAGUUAACUAUCGUUUAGAGCUUCAACGUAAUGAAAAAUUUUCUACUUUUCAAAAUUUACAAAGACAAUUCAAACAACUUCAAAUGCAGUAUUUUAAACAAAUAGGCAGUGGCAUGCUAACCGAACGUCCAGCAGGGCAAAGUUCCGCUGUACGUAUUCCAACAAAAGAUGCAUUGUUACAACAUAUGGCAUCAACAAGCCGAACUUCGUCACCAACUCCCUUGAAUGGUCAUCAAACCUCCACAACUAUCACAGCUAUUGAAAUCAUAGAUGAUGAGAAUGAAACAAAAGAUAGCAAAUGAAUGAUUCAAUGCACUAUCUGCAUUGGAAUGAAACAAAUGUAUUUUUUAUGGUCGACUGAUUUGAUCCGAAAUACUAUGGGAAUAUGUGUGAGAGACUAUAUGCAGCUGGUAGUGUACCCCAAGUAACUAAAUACUAAUUUAUUUUCGAAAUAUUUUUUGUUAUUUCAGAAUGUGGACUACUGUGCUCUUAUGAUUUUUCAAUCAGUAUCCAUUUAGAUGCUAGGAAUUGAAAAUAAUUCUGUGAAAAAUGUUAGCUUAAAAUCUUAUGUUUAGAAAAAAUUUAAUCUUCGAGUGCAGUUUUGAUAUUGAUUGCCAUAGAUUAAAUGAUGUGUGAAAGCAUCCUUUGGUCUAAUUUAACUUAUAAUAUUUGUCAAUGUAUCACUACCGGUAACCUUUUAAAUGCAUAAAAUUUGGUUGAGUUUUUCAUUUGCUCUGUUGUAUUAUCAAUAUUCAAUUCAUAUUUAUAAAAGGCAGGACAUUGAAGCCCUUCAUCAUCAAAUACUAAUGUGAGUUUAAUUUUAAAAUGAGUGGGCAUCUCAAUGAAUUAUUUUAUCAGUCAAAAUUGUUUUGAUUCGAUAUUGUCAAUUCUAAACAGUUUCCUGGUAAGGAAAACGGAAUCAAACGGAUUUUUGAGUAUCAUGUUCGAGUGUAAUUUAUUGAUAAGACAUUUAUAGACACUGCCAACAUUUAGAGUUUUAUUUGAUUAUUAUAUCUAUCUAUAGCUGAAGCAUGUGCUAUCGAGAACAUGCCUAAAUAAUGAAUGGGGCAUAAUGUUUUCAGCUCUUGAGUUUUUUUUCACUUGAUUAACUUAUUUUGUGUGACCCUGCCCUUUGCAUAUAUAGAGUGUCUAACAAUUCUAAUUUGGUUUUAAUAUAAAUUAAUUUCUUUGAUUGAAACUAUCUAUUUCACAUUUAUUUGUACAAGUGAUAAGAGUUCGUUGCUGACACGUACAUGUUUUAGUCUGCACUUUAUUACCUCAAUUUUUUAUUUAAAACCCAUUGAUAGCCCUGAAAAGUUGUCCUCAUAAAAGUUAAUGGUAAUGCAUUUCGAGAAUAAAUGUAUUUAAAUAAUUGUGUUAAUGAAUUUAUAUAUACAUCAUGAUUUUCCAGAAUAAUUAAUCUAUUUAGCAGGAUAUCUAAGGAAAAAAAGGUGAAUUUUAGACAUCUUUUAGGCUUUAGUCGAUAUGAUAGAUUGAUGACUCUAGACAUUGGACUGUUUGUUAAUAAACUAUGAUAAUAAUAGUUAAUUGCCCAUUUUAAGGUUUAUAUUCACCUAUUCUGGUGAAGAGAUACAUUAGUAUUCCUCAUUUUUGAAAGAACUAAAUAAUAGAUAAGUAUCGUAUAUACUUUUGUAUAUGUUCGGCUUUUCACCAUUCAUUGUGGCUAACUGCCCUACUGCUGCCUGUAGCUUAAUCUAUAUAUUCUGGUUUCAAUUUUCAGUUGUGGUCCCCAAUCCUGGUGGUACUUAUAUUAAAAUGAUAUUUUUCAAUAAAUGUUUCUUGCCAUUCCUGUUUCAGAAAUUUUUUGGUUGAAAAUUUCAUGCAACUUUUCAGAAAUGAUUGGUAGUGUCGAAAAAUGAUUUUUUUUAGUUGCUUUGAUAGCUUUGUUCAUGAGGUUAAGUUGGCAUAUCUUAAGAUAAGCCUAUAUCUCAUGCCUAUGCCAUUACAAUUUCUUCUAAACUUUAUAUAUGAAGCGCUAUUGCAUCAUAGGAUGAUAAUUAUUUGAUAUUUGCUAAAGAGUAGUUUGACUGUAAUUUUUUUAAUUUGAAUUGUCAUUCAAAAGAUAAUUGUGUGAUUACACCUUUUAUAUUUAAACUAAUCUGUUUUCGAUUAUGAUAAACAAAAUGUGUAUUUCAGAACGUACAUUAUGUUGUGCUUUUCUUAUGCAUUGUUCUUCUUGAUAUAGUAUAAGAACUUGAAGUCGAGCACAUGGUCUUGUAACUCAUGCCUUUGCCUGCUUAAUAUUUGUUGUUUAGGUAUUUUAUCUCACUUUCGAUGAGAAUACAUUUCCUAAAUCAUGCUUCUUUCCUAGAAAAUUCUACUCUCUAAUGCUCCAUAUAUAGCAACUUUCUUGAGAAUCAUUUUUCCUUGAUCCCAUUCGGGGCAGAAUUUUUUUUUGAGGGGUUCAUCCUCUAUCAAUCCAACUAAUCACUCAUGUCCCGUUCUUGUUCUUAAUUGUGGUGUGAUUUGACAUUGAUUAUUGAGUACAAUAUAUAUUAAUAUUUUUAUGAGUUCACAGUUCUCAUGUCCUCAUUUCUUUUUGAUAUGCUGAUAUUAUUGUUUUAGUUUCUCUUUUUUGACACACAAUUUUUUCUUUUCUUAAUAUGAUUUGUACAUUGUUCUCUUGAAAUUUUUUUCAGA